GAAGAAAAACCUUUCACAUGUACAGAGUGUGGAAAAAGUUUUACAGAAAAGAGAAGUCUAAAAUCUCAUGAACAGAUUCACACAGGAGAAAAACCUUUCACAUGUACAGAGUGUGGAAAAAGUUUUACACUAAUAAGUAAUCUGAAAAAUCAUGAAAAGAUUCAUACAGGAGAAAAGCCUUUCACAUGUACAGAGUGUGGAAAAAGCUUUAUACAAAUGAGUGCUCUGAAAACUCAUGAAAGGAUUCACACA